AUGGCAAAUAGUGAAAAACUAGUUGUUUACUAUUCUUGCUUUAAUUACGAGAUAGACCCUGUGGAAUUUCCACAGCUACAUGGGAUAAAGCAAACCCUUCUUAUGAAUCUUGGAGAAGAGUGGAAAGAAGCCUUCCAAAGAGAGUUAGAGUUUAUGAAUAUCAGGCAAUCCAACCAUUGUAUGGAGUUCGCAAUUGAAGUCUACAUCAGGUGCUUAAAGCAAGUCAUGUGCCUAGACUACUCCAUAUUCAAACAAAUUUUCAUUGAAGAGCUCAAUUUGAAAACAAUUUGGAUUGAAAAUAACAAGGAUUGUCAUUACUUAGACUCAUUAUUAAAUGCAUUUUUUAACACAAUAGUCAACAUUCAAAUAGAGCUUGACCUUUCGAACUACGAAUUCAAGCUUCUAUCAAGUGCCAAGCAUCUUUCGCAGCUCCAACCUUUAGUUGUAGCCCAAGAAGUCGUAGAAACGUUUGCGUCAAAAGUUUACAAAGUUUUAAGGAGAGCAAGCUUUCCAUUAGAAGCCAUAAUCCGUCCUGAGUCAUUAGAGUCAUUAUCAAGAUACAUUCAGUCACUGUCAAAUAAAGUUUUGUCUACUUUUCAAGUCACAAGCCAAUUUGUGACGAAUAUUGUGGAAGUCAAUCCUUUCAAUCAGGAUAUCAAAAUCAGAGUCAUACAGCCAGCAAGAGAUUUUUAUGAUAAAGCUAUAGACGUUUGGAUGUCAUUAGGCGACCAUAUGACACCUACAAGCUUUGUUCUUUGUGUAAAGCAAAGACUUGGGCCUGUUUGGACAGAAAAGCUACUAAAUCCAUCUCUUCAUUUUUAUGAAAUCGCAUCAGAAGAGUGGCUUAAGUCGAAGGAGUAUGGAGUUGAUUGCUUUAUGAGAUCUCUACAAGCCAGGUUGUGGGAGGUAUGGAGACAAAGCAUAGUGGAGACGUCAAAGAAUUUCCAAGAACACAUGAUUCCGAAAACAAUAAUAUAA